UGUCUAGUUACUCCCAGUCAGCCCACGCUAGCUGGGCCAGGGGAGGGGUUAUUCCGCUCGUCAGUAAGGGAAAGUUGGCUGCGCUGGAACAAACCUCAAUACCGUGUAGUGGCCAUGAAACGCGAUUUCUAGUCUCCGAUAAAGAGAUUUGUUUCUUUUUUUUUGUCCCUGUAGAGCAAUACUUGGAGAGUAGUAGAUUCUUCUAGCUGAAUUCCCUGUGGAAAGGUAAACCUGUUGCCUGCCUGCGUCGCCGACUGCUAUCCGAGAUGUUGCUUUGUGGAUGGGAUGGCGUCCGGUCCCGUCGGUGUGCGCACUCUUAGCGUCGUCGGAGCACGAACAUUUCCCUUCCAACAGAUUUUGUAGCUCUUCUUGCCUGGGAAGAUGCAUGUGUCUCUAGCAGAAGCUCUGGAGGUUCGAGGAGGUCCGCUCCAGGAGGAGGAGGUCUGGGCAGUCCUCAGCCAGAGUGCAGAGAGCCUCCAGGAACUCUUUCACAAAGACCCUGCAGCAAUGGGCUUCAUCAUCUCUCCCUGGUCUCUCCUGCUCAUGCCCUCUGGCAGCAUCUCAUUCACAGACGAGUAUGUCACCCAGCAGGACUUAAGAGCCUUUACAGCUCCAGAGGUGCUUGGAGGGGUCUCCAUGGAUUCAGUCUCCGACAUAGAGAAGAUGCACAUGUACUCUCUGGGGAUGACCCUGUUCUGGGGAGCAGACUAUGAGAUCCCCCAAAGUCAGCCUAUGAAGCUGGGGGAACACCUAAACAGCCUGCUUCUCAACAUGGCUGAUGAUGUUACAUUAAGUCGAAUGUCUCUGCGCACGGUGCUGGACAUCUGCAGCAGACACAUCAGAAACUCCAGUUGUGAGCCUCCCUUCUCCUAUAUCAGAAAACUGGUCCGGUUGGUUCUGGGCAGUCUUUCUCAGCUGGACGGCCUUCUGACUGAUAGAGAAUCUCUUCCGGAGCGGAGUAAAGAGAUUCGGGAGAGACUCAGGGGCAAAGGCUUGCCGUCAGGGAGGAGUGCCGCCCCCAGAGUUCUGGAGCGCUACCGAGCCAGGACUCAGGAGCAGACGUCUCUUAAUCGGGGCCUCAGUCGUUCCAUGGGGUCCCUGCCAAUCCAGGGCCUGUUGAAGGGGGAUAGGGGGGCAGACCUUCAAUAUUCCCUGACUGACUAUCACCCCAACUCUGAUUUGCCAACAGAUCUCCAUCCCAAUACUCCCUCUUACCAACAACAGCUUGCCUAUCCCUAUCUACACCCUCUUCACCCCCAGCAAAAAGGCCGGCCCGUGGAACUGGACCGGAGGUCUUUACCUUUCCAUGGUGGGGAUCUGGGUUCUAGUCAGGCCAGGAAGACCUGGGCUUCCUCUGUGGACUUGGCUUAUAUUGACCCUGAGGCUCUUCGUUUUGGGGCAUUAGAGGAUGCCCGAAGGGGCAGCAGUGCCUUAAGUACCCAAUCUAUAGGCAGGCGCAUCCAGGCACCCAGGGAGAGGGAUUCUGGCUACCUUGAGUUGGACAGGAUAAAGGAGAGGCAGAGAAAACUUCAGGUGCUAAGGCAAGCAGUAGAUGACCCAGUUCACACCCACCAGAGGUAUCACAGUGAUUACAGUUCAUCCAGUGAAAGCCCCUCAGUGACCUCCUCAGAUCCAGACUACAGACAAGCUAAGAAGCCAAACGAGAUGAGGAGGUUUGGCUCCCAGCAGGCGCUUCCAUCUGAACGCGAUUCCCUGUCACACAGGCAGUAUGAGGGGGCUGAUGAAGAGCUGGUUGGAGCUGAGCUUCUCCUGCAGAAGCAGGAAGAAGAGGUGCAGCGACUUCAGGCCCACCUGGCCAGCAGGCUGUCCAGGGCCAAUGUCUACCCCACAGAUGACCCCCUGUAUCCAUCUCACACAUCCAUGCUUGACCUCCCAGACUCUUCUGGUCAACUCCGCAAACCCAAGAUCUUCCACGGGCCUGAGUUUGUGAAGAUGGCCAGUGAGCCCUGUGUUUCCUUAACUGUUCCCUCUUCAAUAAUGAAACGUGGGAAGGUGGAGGAAGUGCAGAGAAAGGUGGGUGUGGUGCUGCUGAAUGGCCAAAAGCUGGAGCUGAGUUGUGACGUCAAGGCAGUGUGUAAAGACGUUCUCGAUAUGGUGGUAGCCCACACCGGGCUUGUGGAGCACCAUUUCUUCAGCCUAGCAUACCUCAGAGAAAAUGAGUUUUUCUUCGUUGAUCCUGAUGCCAAACUGAUUAAACUGGCCCCAGAAGGAUGGAAGGAGGAUCCGAGGAAAAAGAAAUCUGAUGUGCCUUUUAACCUUUUUUUGCGCAUCAAAUUCUUCCUUGAUGAUGUCAACCUCAUACAGCAUCCUAUGACCAAACAUCAGUACUACCUACAGCUGAGGAAGGAUAUCUUGGAGGAGAGGUUGCACUGCGACACAGAAAAUGCCAUGUUGCUGGCUUCACUGGCACUGCAGGCUGAGUUCAGUGACUACCAGCCUGAGCUUCAUGGGAAGACCUAUUUCAGAGUGGAGCACUACCUGCCAGGGUCUGUUCUGGAUAAGGCGGACCAGACGACCAUCAAGGAAGAGCUGCUCAAACUUCACAGCAGCUACUAUGGAGCAUCUGAGUCAGAGGCAGAGUACGAGUUCCUCAAGGUGAGCCAGAGGCUGACAGAGUAUGGAGUCCAUUUCCAUCGAGUGCUUCCUGAGAAGAGGUCCCAGACGGGCAUCUUGCUUGGUGUUUGCUCCAAAGGGGUGCUGAUCUUUGAGGUCCUUAAUGGAAUUCGAACCGCGGUGCUAAGGUUCCCUUGGAGGGAGACAAAGAAGAUUUCCUUUACAAAAAAGAAGAUUUGCCUUCAGAACACAUCAGAUGGGAUUAAGCAUCAGUUUCAGGCAGACAGCAAGACGUGUCAGUAUCUGCUCCAGCUGUGCUCCGAUCAGCACAAGUUCCACUUGCAGACGAAGGCCCGACAGAACAGCCAGGAGCUGCAGGACCUAGAGAACUCCCCCUUGAGCAAUUUGCAGUAUUCUCUUGACCCUCGGAGUGUGGACUCCAUGGGGAGGCCAGGUAGCCUGGCCAGUUUAUCAACACGCUCUAACCCAGAACACCUGAAGAGGAUCUCCUACUCAGAGGCAGCGCUCAGCAAGGCACCAUCUGGCCCAAUAUUAGUCCAAGAUGACCUUCACUUUCCAGGUUUCAAUCCAGUGGCCUCCACGGUCCUUUCCAAUCCACGGAUAAUGAGCCGCUCCCAUCAAAACCUUGAACAGAUGCCAGAGUCUCCAGAGUACCGAAUGGCAAAGCCAUAUCAUGGCCAGUUGCACAGCAGACUGGGUCAGCCACAGCCCAAUCAAGGGGCUUCCCACUUCCAGCAGCACCAGCGAGCCAGCUCGGACACAGACUCCCUGGCACGCCAACAGGACAGGUCACUGGGUACAAUGUCCCACAGCAGCACAUCCUGGAGCAUUAGCCAGUCCAAAAAGGAAUCAGACUCUUCCUCCAUAGAGGAUACUGACCACGCAUAUGUAGUAGGAGUCAGUAUGCACAGCUCCUCUGGCCCGCCUUCAUCCCCAACCUCUAUUAAUGAUUCGUUCAAGAAAAAGCUCAAUGCCUUACUGUCUCCGGAGAGAGAAAUCACAACUGUAAACCUGAAGAAAGAUGUGAAAUAUGGCCUGGGGUUCCAGGUUGUAGGAGGGGAGAACUCUGGCCGUAUGGAUCUUGGUACCAUCAUUAGCUCCAUCACUCCCGGAGGUCCUGCUGAUGUCAACGGCUGUCUCAAACCUGGUGACCGGCUUAUCUCAGUGAAUGAUGUAAACCUGGAAGGGCUCCCUCAUGCCGCCACUGUUGAUAUCCUUCAGAAUACUCCUGAUGAUGUGACUCUGGUGGUGUCGCAGCCCAAAGAGAGGCUUCACAAAGGCUAUAUUCCCUACCCAGCAAAGUCGCUUAACUCAGCCCAGAGACGUGAACUAGAAUUGGAUACCUCAUCAGAGGAGCAUGCAGGAACAGGAAGCACCAGCCCUCCUCUCCACAGUGCUAGCCCAUCAUCCUCCACCUCUUCCCCAGUCCACCAGCACACCAGCCUCAGCCCUCAGGGCUCUAGGAGUACCAACAUUGCCAAAAUCAGCCAACCCCCUGCUAAUGGAGUUCAUCAGUGCCUUGAAAGAGCUACGGCUGUUGCCUCUGCAGCUUCCAUUGUCCCGCGUCAGAGAACAGAACCUAACACGGGUUUGGAUCCUACACCACCAGCUCUACCGCCCAAAACUAGAAGAGUUAAAUUGUCAGAAGCUCCCAAAGUUUCUGAGCAUUUAGACCGGUUGGAUUCAGACAUGGAUGUGGAGACAUAUUCCAGUAGUCAAGAGAAACUCAAAGUCAAAAAGGAAUACAACAUGGAAAAUUUAAAUGGUAAUGCCCCAGGGGUCAAUAGUCUCCGUCCAGGAGAACUAUUUGACAUUGAGCUGUCCAAAAAAGACAGCGGCCUGGGCAUAAGUGUCACGGGGGGAGUCAACACGACUGUCAAACAUGGAGGCAUCUAUGUCAAAACCAUCAUACCAGGAGGAGCAGCGGAGCUCGAUGGAAGGAUACAGAAAGGUGAUCGUGUGGUUGCUGUCAAUGGAAGAAGUCUGGAGGGAGCCACUCAUGAGCAAGCGGUAGAGGCUCUCAGAGACACUGGGCAGACAGUGCACUUGUUGCUGGAGAAGGGUCAGCUGCCUUUAGACAGCGUGCAUGCUCCGGUAACACCUCAGAUCACUCCACCAUCUGCUGGCAGCAACCGAGACCAGACCAAGAACAAAGAACAAGCACAUGAGGCCAAAGAAAAGCCAGAGUACAGCUUUGUCACACAAGAUAACGUGUUUGACGUGUGUCUGCUGAAGAACACAUCAGGGCUGGGUUUCAGCUUUAGUCGAGAGGAGAACAUUCCUGACGAACCCUCUGGCUCCAGCAUGGUGCGGGUUAAAAAGCUGUUCCCCGGCCAACCAGCUGCAGAGAGCGGUCGCAUCAACGUAGGUGAUGUUAUCCUGCGAGUCAAUCAAACUCCCCUCAAAGGACUCUCGCAACAUGAGGUGAUAUCAGCCUUGCGAGGAACAGGACAGGAGGUGACUUUGCUCCUCUGUAGACCUGAACCCGGUGUUCUCCCUGAGAUGGACACUUCAGCUAUAACACCCAAGCCAUUACCCAGAAAGGGGCCAGUGACCCAGACAGAACCCAGCCUGAACAUAGGCACGACAACUUCAUCUCCAGAUACAAAAGGCAAAAAGAGUCAGGGCGUCGUGGAAGAGGCCCUGGGGAGGCUGCUGAGCAAAACCCCUGGUCGACGCAACAGCUACAGUGACAGUACUGAUGGCGAUGAAGAGGUGGAAGAAGCCUUCAGCCCGAGCUCUCUGGAGCACAGCAGGCAAUCAUGGGAGAGGAGUGUCUACCAGACCCCCAGUAGUAACCUGGGACUGGGACGCUAUAACAGCACUGAUCAACUGAACAGCAGCAUCCACUCCGCCUUCUAUUCCCCAGACCUGUCAAUGACUAGGUCAGACAUCAGUAAGGGACAUUCUUUGUCCCCGGUGACAACGGAUCUGGGUUCAUCCCCCCAGCUUUCACUGUCUUCUCCUUCUGCACCAAGUCCAGAUCCACUGCCCCCUCCACUGCCUCUGCCCUUAAACCUCACCAUGUCCAGCAAUGGACAGGGCAUGGAAGACUUUGUCCCGGAAGUAGUGUUGCACGUCUCCUUGAUGAAGUCAGAAAAAGGCAGCCUGGGCUUUACCCUCACCAAAGGUAAUGAUCAAGGUUGUUACAUCCAUGACAUCGUCCAGGAUCCAGCCAAAGGGGAUGGAAGACUCAGGUCCGGGGACAGAAUGAUUAUGGUGAAUAACACAGAUGUGAGCAAUAUGGGCCACACUGAGGUGGUCACUCUUGUGCGUGCUGCCCCUCGGAUGGUUGACUUAGUGGUAGGGAGGGUCUUGGAGGCUCCCAAGCCCCCCAUUGACGCUUACUUGCUGCCUGACAUUUGUUUCAAGGACAACCAAGAGCCACUGGGUUUGGUACUGGACGGUGGUAGCGACAGUGUGUAUGGGGUUUUGUAUGUGAGAGACAUCCUGCCAGGCUCACUGGCCUUUAAGGAGGGCAGCUUGAGACCACUUGAUCUAAUCCACUACAUCAAUGGCGCUCCAACCCAGGACCUGACUCUUAAUGAGAACAUGAGACUGCUGGAGCUCUCCCUGGCCGACCUCGCGCUCAAGGCCACGAGGGAUGGAAUGCCUGUUUUUCCAGCGCAUCAAAAUGUCUCUUUUCUCAGUAACAACUUUAGCCCCAAGGUUUCAUCCAGCACAAAUGGGUUUCUUCAAGGAGAAGAUUCACAAGAUACAGAUUCUCUCGCAGGAUUUUGUCCUUUAGAGGAGGAGAUAAUAAAACUGGAUCUGGAGAAGCCGCCAUCUGGAGGUCUGGGUUUCUCUGUGAUUGGAGGGGAAAGGGGGAUCUUUGUCAAGUCCAUCACACCAGGAGGGGUAGCAGAGUCGUCAGGCAGGCUGCAAGUUGGAGACAGGCUGCUGAAAGUGAAUGAAGAAACAAUGACAGGUGUGUCCCACACCAAAGCUGUCACCACCAUCCGCAAAACUAGAGGUCUGGUGCAUCUUAUGGUCUCCAGACCGCCAGACCAGACCCCCAGUACAUACCUGAGCUAUCUGCCCAUCAACUCUGACAAGUGCAAUGGAAAUACAGAUCUGAGUGAGGACAGUGGAGUAAAAUCUAAGCUGCGUACGCCACUCAAUGAGCUGAAAUCUGGGGGCCCCCCUUUCAUACCACCAAUAGACUAUGGCGAUGGUCCACUGGAGCAGAGAAGGGAUACGGAGCACAGCGACGAAUUUUCUGAGGACACGGACUGUGAUGGCUCUUCUUUACCUGAUGACUCCCCUGAGAGUUCCCGGAAAGCGGAAUGGCUAGAGGAAAGUGUUGACAAUCACAGGAAUGAAGGCUAUCUGCAAAUGACUGCUGGACAGCCAGAGGAAGAUGAAAUCACAUGGGGAAGUGAUGAGCUACCUAUUGAAAACAUGAACUCCAAAUCAAGCCAUGACAGGCCACUCAUCACAGAGGAUGAGCUGACCUCCUUGCCCCUCGUCAAGGUGGUCCCUGAUGGUCAGUACACGGGAGCAAAGCUCAACACUGUGGUCCAGAUGAUGAGGGGGCUUCUGGAGCAGAAAGUCCCGCUGCAGGAGUUUGACAAUCUUCAGAAUCUGCAGCCACUGGACGACUGUUUAAUAGGUCAGACGCAGGAGAACAAGAGGAAGAAUCGCUACAGGAAUAUUGUUCCCUUCGACACAACUCGAGUUGUACUGGGCAAAGAUGGGGGUUACAUCAACGCCAACUUCAUCAAGAUGCCAGUGAAGGAUGAGUACUUCAUGUACAUCGCCUGUCAAGGACCUUUACCGACCACACUGGGUGACUUUUGGCAAAUGGUCUGGGAGCAGAAGUCCAAUGUGAUCGCCAUGAUGACCCAGGAAGUCGAGGGGGGUAAAGUGAAAUGUCAGCGAUACUGGCCGGACACGCCAAGGACAGCAGAGAUGGUGGACGACAGGUUACAGAUCAUGCUGAUCAAAGACCAGUGUCUGGACCACUUUGUCAUCCGACUCAUUGAGGUCAAAGAUGUGCAGACUAAUGAGGUACAGCUUGUAACUCAUCUCAACUACACGGGGUGGCCCGACCAUGGAACACCCUCCCAACCUGAGCAGCUGCUCACUUUCAUUUCCUAUAUGAGGCACGUUCACCAAUCAGGGCCUAUAAUCACACACUGCAGUGCAGGCAUUGGUCGAUCGGGAACCCUCAUCUGUAUAGAUGUGGUUCUGGGUCUCAUCAGUAAAGAUGCUGAUUUUGAUAUUUCAGAUGUUGUUAGAAACAUGAGGCUUCAGAGACAUGGAAUGGUUCAGACAGAGGACCAGUAUAUUUUCUGCUAUCAAGUGAUCCUCUAUGUCCUCAGAUGCCUUCAAGCAGAGGAAAACAUCUCAGGAUAACGGGCGCAAAGUAUCAUCACCAUUGUGUAGAGGCUGGGUGACUGUUUCACAAUAGAACAAAAACAGUUGACACAGGCAGAAAUUGCCAAAUUACAGUACUUUUUAAAAACAAAGCCCUAGAAUAUUCCAUUUCUUGAGAGUAAGUCAUUUAAAGAAGUCUAUAUUUUUAUUAUUGCUUUUAGAGUUCUCUCUCUCUUUGGCUGCUACUCCCUUACAAUGCAUCUAUGAGAACUGCUGAUUGUAUUCUUAUUGUCACCUACAAGAGAACACUAAUGGUUUUUUCCACAGUUUUUUUGGAUUUUCAUAAAUAAUUAUGAAACUUAUAAGUGGUCUCUAUUUUAUGUGGAACAAAAUUCUACUUGUGUAUUUUGAAUCCUGUUUUAAUGCUGGACAAUUCCUUGACAGAAUACUAUGUCAGUAUUUGCUUUGUAAAUCUAUUAUAUAGUAGUUGCUCACUGCCUUGGAUAAAUGAUGAAAUUAAAAGUGUAUAUAUUCAUUUCUUGAAAAUUAAACUGGAUACAUUUUAAA